AUGCGCGGAUCGAACGACCGCGUGGAGGUGUUCAAGCUGUCGGAGAACCUCUGGUUCGCCGGAACCGCGCAGCUGCCACCGUUUGAAAGCGAUGGCGACGGUGGAAAUUCCAAUGACGGAGAUAGCAGCGGGAACCACGGCAACAGAACGGGUGGUGACAUCGCGGCCGGGGAUGGCCCGCGCGGCGACUCUAUCGAGUCGCGCAGGGAGGCGCUUCUGGCGCGGAUCCGCGGCGGCGGAAUGGAUGAGAAGACGCGCGAGGCGCUGUUAGGAGCCGCAAACGCCGGCGGCGAUCGGGGGAGAUCCGCGUCUGCGCCCGCCGCAGCCCCCGCGAGCGUGCCGGCUCCCGCCGUGGAUCCGCUCGCGCAACAGAUGGAGCAGCGAAUGGCGGAGGUGGGAGAAUUCGCGGCGCGCACGACGGAGCUGAAACAAGUGGUGAAGCGGAAACCGGCGUUCUUCGGGUUGCUGCCACAAGUGGUGGAGUGGAGGAAGCCGGCCAACACAUCAGUGUUUGGGGACAGCCUUGGCGACAUGACAUGCACGUAUGACCGCCUGGCCAACCGCUUCUUCCUCUCCUCCUAUUGGAUGGUCAGUUGUGGUGGGGUUGAAGUUAAUGAUGGCAUCAACUCCAAUCCGGAUUGGAGGGCGCCUCUCCACUUCAACUCGUCUCGACUCACCAUGUUUUUGGACUACCCUCAGAUCGGCACUGAUGCAUAUGGUAUGCGUGACAGAGAUAGUGCAAUCGCCAAGUCGCAGCUCCAAACUCCCGAGAAUGCCACCAUUCUCAGAUUCGUCGUCCCUUACACUGACAGCCCCAUGAGUCCAGCCUACACAAUCUACCCUCAGAAGGUCGCAGCAGAUGGGGACUACGACUACCGCCACGGCGGCACCAUGUAUUUCGGCUGGGCUGCCGUCAACUCCAACCCCGGCGCGCCCAACGAAACCGUGCUUGUCGGUAAUUAUACCACAAUCGGAGCCUUUGCUUUAACGAGUACAAGUGCUCUGGGGACGCCUGAAGCGGAGAGUCGGGUGGAGCCACACUGUGCUGCCGUCAACACUCCCCCGUUCUUCGACCCCCAGCCUGUGACGCAGAAACCCGGGCCGGUUCCUUUGGCUUGGAAACUGAACACCACGAUCAAACCCAUCUCCCCUGCUUUCGCAAGUGCGAGAGGCGUGGUGGUGUUCCCGGAGAGCAGGCGCAUGUGGGUGACCUUCAUGUCGGCCUUUGGUAAGGACAUGAGUGCUUCUGCCGUCGUCGCUCGCCUUCGCUUGUCCCUCCGGCCCAACCGCAAGUGGCGCACGCUCCGGGUGUUUCUGGAGCGGUUUAAAGUGGUUGGGGUGGGCGGCGGGAACAGCCUUAUUCAGCCGUCGAUCGCUCUCAACAGGCAAGGCGUGGGCAUCAUAGCAGCAUCACUGGCAGGGCGAUCCUUCUACCCCUCAGCUGCCUAUGUCACUCUCAACGCCAAUGUGGAUGUCGGCCGCGUGGUCGUUACCGGCCCGGGGAAAGCGCCUCUCGACGACUUUUUCGGCUACCUCUAUGCAGACGCGAUGCAGUACGGCGACUACAUGACGGCGACGAUCGACGAGGAGGGCAACGCGUGGGCGGCAGUGCAGUAUGUGGCGGGGCAGACCAGAACCGAGAUGAGCAACUGGGCUACCUUUGUGUUUAAAGUCGACCUGCAGGGGGGGGAGGGAGAGGGCGACGGGGGGGACUUUUGA